AGUAUACCAUGAAUGCAGGAUGCUGCCAGUCAUAUAAAGGAUCCUCUGCUUCACAUUAUGAAAGAAAGACGUGAACUACAAACCUGAAUGCAACCUGGAAUUUCCAGACAGAUGAUCUUGUGACAGACUUUUCAAGAGUCCAGGGAUACCACAUACCCCAGCAGUGCCUCCUCAGAUCUGUACAACACUGAUUCAGACUAUCCAAAAAAUUUCAACUGUUCCAGCUGUCACAGAAAAUAACUGGGGCCAGCUGAAUGUCAGGAUGCAAGUAGUUACUAUUAUAUUACUACUUCUUCUCUGUAAUGCAUCUGACUGUAGGAGGACAAGGAAUAGGAAUUUGAGAAACAAUGGAAGGGAAAACAUCUUAAGGAGAGCAUCUAGCACUGUUAAGCGCAAUGCCCAAGGCUUAACAUGUGAUAUUUACGCUUAUCUUCAUGAGAAAUACUUAGAUUGUCAGGAAAGAAAAUUGGUUUUUGUGGCACCUGAUUGGCCAGAGGAUAUAAAACACAUGCUGCUAGCAAGAAACAGGAUUCGUAAAUUAAAGAAUAAUAUGUUUUCCAAGUACAAAGUACUGAAAAGUCUGGAUUUACAACAGAAUGACAUAUCAAAAAUUGAGAGUGAGGCUUUUUAUGGUUUGGAUAAACUUACCACACUCUUACUUCAGCAUAACCAAAUUAAGAUUUUAUCUGAGGAGAUUUUUAUUUAUACUCCCAGUCUAAACUACCUGCGUCUCUAUGACAAUCCCUGGCAUUGCAGCUGUGAACUAGAAACUCUUGUUACAAUGCUACAGGUUCCAACAAACAGGAAUUUGGGAAAUUAUGCCAAAUGUGUGCACCCAAUAGAACUGAAAAAUCAAAAGCUAAAGCAAAUAAAAGCUGAUGAGCUAUGUAGUGAAAAGGACAGGCAGGAUCCCAAAAACAUAAAACGAGAGAAGCCUGAACCUGUCAAACCAGAAUUUGAUUCCUCUUUGUGCCACAUGUAUGUGUUUCCCGUGACAACUCUGAACUGCAAAAGAAAAGAUUUAAAGAAAGUUCCAGGUAACAUACCUCCAGAUAUAGCUAAACUUGAUUUGUCCAACAACAAAAUUAGACAGCUACGAGCCAAGGAGUUUGAAGAUGUCAGUGAGCUGAAGAUAUUAAACCUGAACAGUAAUGGAAUAACAUACAUUGAUCCUGCGGCUUUUUCAGGCCUCAAUAACUUAGAGGAGCUGGAUCUAUCAAACAACAGCUUGCAGAACUUUGAAUAUGGAGUACUGGAAGAUCUUUACUUUCUGAAAAUACUGUGGCUGAGAGAGAAUCCUUGGAGAUGCGAUUACAACAUACAUUAUCUUUUCUACUGGCUAAAGCAUCACUACAAUGUUCACUACAAUGGCCUAGAAUGCAAAAUGCCUGAGGAAUACAAAGGAUGGUCUGUUGGAAAAUAUGUUCGAAGUUAUUAUGAGGAAUGCCCAAAAGACAAGCUUCCCAUUUAUCCAGAAACUUUUGAUCUGGACAAAGAUGAUGAGGAAUGGGAACGACACAAAGAGCAAACAGUUCAGACAGUAAAGAAGCAUGGUGUAAUUGUCACCGUGAUAGGCUAAUAAGGGAACUCUUUCCUUUAGUAGAUUUAGAUAUUUGAUACUUUGAAAAAGGAAAACAUGCUGUUUACAUUUGUUCUAAUUAUUCUGUUGGUUUAAAGGACUAGCUGCCUACAAAGAUGUCUGUUUAUUGCAGAUAAUAACUACAGAAUGACAUUAGUUGGACAG